CAAGUCACUAGUUUAAAUGGAAAACAACACCCACUCAUAGAAAUUUAAGAGACUCCGAUACAAAUCGGCCGGCGUGCGAGACGGUAUUAGAUAGUCUUCUGUUUUUCCAGGCUUUCCAAUUUCCCCCCCUAAAAAAAAACCUCCAUUCAACUCCUCUGUACUGUGUAUAAUCGACAAAGUGCAAGAAACCCUAGACCCCACUACCCCACGUCGACAGCUCACGACCCACUGCACGAACGUCGGUGCCUAUUUACUAAGUCAUCUGCCGGCGACGCCAGCGGUGACUUGAAGCUGAGCUGUCUUCGUGAUAUUUGUGAUAUUUGAAGCUGUCAAUUGUUCUCUUCAAUUGAAAUUUGAAAGUUGAUACAAGGUCAAUGUAAAAAGGGUGUUGCUGGGAUUGGUGGAAUCUGAAUGCAAGAUGAUAUCAGAACCAGUUGAGUUGGUUUGUUCCAUGAAUGGAAAGGUGGGAGCUAUAUGUGAAAAUGGAACUGAUAAUAUUGCACAUGAAGAACUUAAUGGAACACAUAGAAAUAUGGAGGUGGCGACUGUCUGCUCUUAUUCUGAUGAAAACGGCAGGGGAGGAAAUUUAUCUGUCGUCUCUAUUGAAGGCAGUUCUCAGAAAAAGGCAAACCACCGCCGGGAGUUGACCCUGGAAGAUAUCUGCAAGAAUCAGGAUGACUUGGAUGAUGAAGAUGAAGAUGAUAUUGAUUGGGAGCCCCUUUUGGAUCAUCUGGCAAUUAGAAAGUGGUUUUGCACCAACUGCACAAUGGUUAACUUUGAUGGUAUGGACUUUUGUGAGGCAUGUAAGGAACACAAGGAAUCUGGAAUCCUUAAGCAUGGCUUUUUUGGUUCACCUGCUUCACAAGGGGCUGCUCUUACUCCAGCUGAGUCAGAAGUAAUAGAAAGAUACACAGAGUCAGUCUCUGAUAUUGCGGCUGCUGGGUGCUCCACUGCAAUAGGCUUUGAUGAGAGAAUGCUAUUGCACUCAGAAGUUGUGCUGAAGUCCCAUCCUCAUCCAGAAAGACCUGAUCGUCUAAGGGCAAUUGCUGCCAGCCUUUCCACUUCAGGAAUAUUUCCCGGCAAAUGCCGUCCUAUUGCUGCAAGAGAAAUAACUAAAGAAGAACUUUUGAAGAUAGACAAAAAGGGGAAUCAAAGGACAUGGUCUAGAGAACAUGCUGAUAAGAAAGAAUAUGAAUGCAAUACAUUGCCUAAGCCGAAGGAAGUUCUGGUACAUUCUAUGGAGCAUAUUGAAGCUGUUGAGCUCACUGAGAAAAUGCUAUCUAGCUAUUUCACUCCAGACACCUAUGCAAAUGAGCAUUCAGCAGAAGCUGCAAGGCUUGCAGCUGGUUUAUGUGCUGAUCUUGCUUCAGAAAUUUAUUCUGGACGUGCCAAGAAUGGAUUUGCCCUGAUUCGGCCCCCUGGUCAUCAUGCUGGUGUACAUCAGUCCAUGGGAUUCUGCCUGCACAAUAAUGCAGCAAUUGCUGCAUUAGCUGCUCAAGUUGCUGGAGCCAAAAAGGUUUUGAUUGUAGAUUGGGAUGUGCACCAUGGAAAUGGUACACAAGAAAUAUUUGAAAAGUACAAAUCGGUGUUGUAUAUUUCCUUGCACAGACAUGAGGGAGGCAACUUUUAUCCUGGAACUGGAGCAGCUCAUGAGGUUGGUACCAUGGGUGCUGAAGGUUUCUGUGUGAACAUUCCUUGGAGCCGUGGCGGAGUUGGUGAUAACGAUUACAUUUUUGCAUUUCAACAUGUUGUGCUCCCAAUAGCUCAGGAGUUCGCUCCUGAUUUCAUUAUUAUAUCAGCUGGAUUUGAUGCGGCAAGAGGAGACCCACUUGGUGGUUGUGAUGUCACACCUGCUGGUUAUGCUUGCAUGACUCACAUGUUAAAUACCCUCGCCGGGGGAAAGCUACUUGUAAUAUUGGAGGGCGGCUAUAAUUUGCGAUCAAUAUCAUCAUCUGCCACAGCUGUAAUUAAGGUACUGCUUGGUGAAAGCCCUGAGAACCAAUUUAGUAAAGUCGCACCCACUGCAGCUUGUGUGCAAGCUGUUUUGGAUGUUUUCAGAAUUCAGACAAACUUUUGGCCAAGUCUUAGUUCCAACUUCACAAAACUGCAAUCAUGCUGGGAAUCGUACUUGGCUGGAAACAAAAGAAAAUUGAAGAAAAGAAGACUUCGAUCUGUGGCACCACCCAUUUGGUGGAGAUGGGGAAGAAAAAGGUUUCUUUAUUAUCUCCAUUGUCAGCGGUUUUGUGUAAAACCCUAGUCAUGCUAGAGAGUGAUCUAAUGUAAUGCUAACCCCAACUAUAGCUGAUUGCUCAGUUAAUUUGUCUCUUUUUUGACGUAUGUAUGCCGGCUUGAUGGCCCUUUAAGUAUAUUUUACAUGGUUUUUGGAUAGUACAUAUCCAUGUAAAUGUAGGUGUAGUAAAGUGGAUCUGCUCUCAUGUUUAGAUAAAUCAGUUGAUUUUGCUCUUUUCUCUGUCUUGGUGGUUUCCUCAAUUGCACUUGAAUAGAAAGUGAGUUUUUAGGUCAA